AUGGCUGUACUUCACUCCCUCCUUCGCGUCACCUCUGCGUCCAUGGCUGUCUUUUCCUCUCUUCUCGCCAUCCCUGUUCGUUGCGUUACUCGUGUUGCGUUCUUAUAUGCUUCCUUCGUUAAAGCCUUGGCUAGCACUGUAGCACUCUUCCUAUUAUCCUUCGGUACUGGGGUGGCUAUCUUUCUCGCACUUGUGUCUGGCGUUUGUCUUUCUGCUCGUUCAACUUGGGAAGCUUUCUUGGUUCAUCGCUCUACCCUUAUCUUGAGGAAGUUCAGGAGUAUAUGGACGCUGUCGGAAGCUGAGGCUGAGAAACACUCUCAGGCAAAUCUCGCUGUCACGCCGAGGCUCUUGUAUACUCCGGAGCUUCCGUCCACGUCCAGAGAAGUAUCCUACGUUGGUGAAUCGCAUGCUACACCUAGACCCCGGUCUCGACUCUCCACUUCUUCCGCUAGUCCUAUCUCCCCGGAACCAUGGCCCACGGGCCGCUCCAAUCCGCCCGAGGGCUCUUUCACCAUCGAGGACAUCGUCAACUCUCCGUAUCGAAGGCAUCAUACAAGGUCUCUCUCUAGAUCUUCUAGCUCCGGAUCCAGCACGUCUACGGGCUCUCCGUCGCUUCCCGCCAGCGCUGCUUCCCCUGCGGUCUGGCCUGUAGGCUACGAAUCGCCACCGGAAGGCUCAUUUACGACUGAGGACAUUAUUAGCUCUCCUUAUCGAAGGCUCCGUCGAUCGAAAGAUGACGCCUGA